AUGAAUAGCCUCAAGUAUAGGAAGGUUCCUAGACAAAUGGUUUUUAUAGUUUUUUUUAUUAAUAUUGGAUUAUGGAUUAAUAAUGGAUUGAGGAGAUUUUGCAAAUUAUGGUAUGCCACUAAAGGGAAAUCAGGAAAGGAGCAAUCCCCUGGUGCUGCUUUUUCUUUAUCUUUGCUUUUUCUUUCUGGUCUGAUUUUCUGUAGAUUCGAGAAGGAUGUGACUUGGUCCAAAGUAACUGAGAUUCAAAUUAUGAAUGUGUUUCAUUUUUCCUCCUCCAUUGCAUGGGAGACAGAUUCUCACCCCUGCCAGUUUUUGUUUCUCUUUUCUGAAUAUUUUGCAGAUGCAAAACCAGAUGAAUCUGCUGAAUUGGAUCAUCAUGUGUCCUACAUGUCUUUCUUUACAAUUCUCAAAAGCAUGUGUGUGGGAUCUCCAAGGCCCCUUCCUCCUUUGUCUAAAUUCUACUUACUAUUUUCUGCAACAUUGCACUUCAAAACUAUAUACUUUGAAUAUUUUCCUUCAAAGGUAUUAAUAAUCCUAAGCUGUGAUUAA